CGUGACUCUACCACACCCUCAGAUAUUAUAAGCGCACAACACCCUCAGAUAUGUAACUGCUGCUCAUCGCAAGUAUCGAGUAUAGAGAGGAAAAACCGAGCUGGAUUCUGAUACUCGAUAUCUUCAUUCUGCACGCGCCAGCAGGAGAAUAGAGAGACAGAGAGAGCAAGAUGAAGCUCACUGUUGACCUGAUUAAUGCGUCGCCGUCGUAUAUCAAUCCGCUGAAGGAUCGCGAGCUCUCGCUUCGAGGGCAUCGGAUUCCUAUGAUUGAGAACCUCGGUGUUUCAAAGGACCUGAACGACACAAUAGACCUAACAGACAACGACAUAACCACGCUCACCAACCUCCCGCGCCUGAUCCGUCUCCGCAGACUGCUCCUUGCGCGCAACAAAAUCACGCACAUCGCGCCCACGCUCACGAGCUCGGUGCCGAACCUGACAACCCUGAUCUUGACCUCGAACUCGAUCCAGAACCUCGCGGAUUUGAACGGGCUUGGAGCGUGUCGGAGGUUGACGUAUUUGAGCUUGCUUGGCAAUCCUGUGGCUAGAAAAGAGCACUACCGCCUUUUUGUCAUUUGGAGGAUUCCUAGCGUUCGAAUCCUGGACUUUGAAAAAGUGCGACAAGCAGAACGCGAGCAGGCAGCAAAACUAUUCGGCACCACAGACGAGCCAACCGAACUCGCCACAAAGCUCUCAACCGUAUCCAACGUCCGCACCUUCGACGUCGGCUCCUCAUCCUCAUCUUCCACAUCACAAUCCGCAUCCGCCAGGAACGGCACCGUCAAGCUCACGGCGGCCGAGCGCGAGCGUAUAGUUGAGCAGCUGCGGAACGCAAAAAGUUUGGCGGAGAUCGAGAGGUUGGAGCAGACGCUGCGGAGACUGGAAGGGUGAUGUAGCUAUGA